GGAGUUUGAUUUCAAUUCAUCUCUCAACAACAACUGGACACAGAACAGAAGAAGUAUGACCAAGCCGCCUCUGUUGUCAAAUCCAACUACUCUCUAUUCUCUAUAAUUCUGAACAAAGAUUCUUCCUUUUGCUUCUUCUUUCUUCAUUUGAAACAAACCCAUCAAAGGGUAAUCAAAUUGGAAAAUGGGGUGUGGCAAUUUGUUCUUCACAAUUCUGAUAACUUUCUCAGUGGCUCUCAUAACCUACAAUAUCAUCAUCUCAGCCAAUGCUCCUCUCAAGCAGGACUUCCCAGGCCCUUCUCGCCCUUCCAUUUCGGUGGAUCCUCUCAUCAAGAUGCCACUCCACAGAUCCUCCUCCCAAAAAAAGAGGCUUUUUCACACUGCAGUCACUGCUUCUGACUCUGUCUACAACACGUGGCAGUGCAGAGUGAUGUACUUUUGGUACAACAAAUUCAAGGAUGGACCCCAAUCUGGGAUGGGAGGCUUCACUCGGAUCCUUCACUCUGGGAAGCCUGACCAGUUCAUGGAUGAGAUCCCCACCUUUGUUGCUCAGCCUUUACCUGCUGGGAUGGAUCAGGGAUACAUUGUGCUUAAUAGACCAUGGGCAUUUGUGCAGUGGCUUGAAAAGGCAGAUAUUAAAGAAGAUUACAUAUUGAUGGCAGAGCCUGAUCAUAUAAUUGUGAAACCUAUACCCAACUUAGCCACAGAUGGGCUUGGAGCUGCAUUCCCUUUCUUCUACAUCGAGCCUAAGAAGUAUGAAACAGUGCUAAGGAAGUACUUCCCUGUGGAAAAGGGACCAAUUACUGAUAUUGAUCCAAUUGGGAAUUCACCAGUUAUUGUUGGGAAGGAAUACCUUAAGAAGAUUGCUCCCACUUGGAUGAACGUUUCCCUGGCAAUGAAAAAGGAUCCUGAAACUGAUAAAGCUUUUGGAUGGGUGCUCGAAAUGUAUGCUUAUGCUGUUGCAUCUGCUCUUCAUGGUGUUCGUAACAUAUUACACAAGGAAUUUAUGAUUCAGCCUCCAUGGGACAAAGAAAUUGGCAAGACAUACAUAAUUCACUAUACAUAUGGUUGCGACUAUAACAUGAAGGGUGAGCUGACGUAUGGAAAGAUCGGAGAGUGGAGAUUUGAUAAAAGAUCGUACGAUAAAGUUGCCCCUCCGAAAAAUCUGACAUUGCCACCCCCCGGUGUUCCAGAAAGUGUGGUGACUCUCGUAAAGAUGGUGAACGAAGCUACGUCAAGUAUUCCAAAUUGGUGGUCGUAGGGGCUAUAGAUGUUGGAGAAUGCAAUGUAAACGCCACUGCUUAUGUAUUUAUUUAAUUCUUCGAACAUAGUUGUGGCUGUGCUUCAAGCCUGGGGAAUUGUAAUGCGUGCUUUCACAAAAUGAUUGCCUUCAGCUGCUGCUAUACUAUUUGUUUUCCACGAAAA